AUGUUUUCUGCUCUGAAGAAGUUAACUAGAACUAACGAUGAUCGCUGUCCAGCUCCAAUGCCGAUGUCUUCUUCUUUGCAGAGAAAAUUUUCAAGAGGAGUUCAUUUUAACAUGAAAAUAUUAAUCAAAGGGGACAGAAACGUAGGCAAAUCAUGUCUUUUGCAAAGGCUACAAGGCGGACCAUUUACCGAAGAAUAUGUUCCUACCGAGCAAAUACAAGUAGCUCCUAUCCAUUGGACAUAUAAAAAUUCUGACUAUAUUGUAAAAGUGGAAGUGUGGGAAGUUGUUGACAAAGGUAGAGCAAAGAAAAAGCCUCCCUUAGGACUUAAGUUGGAGAAUCAAACGACACCCGCUGCCCAGGAUGAGGAAUAUGAGACACCAGUUUUGGAUGCUACAUUUUUAGAUGUUUACAAAAAUGCGAGUGGUGUUAUAUUGAUGCUAGAUAUAACAAAACCUUGGACUUUUGAAUAUGUGGUCAAGGAGUUGGCGCGAGUGCCGGCGGACUUACCUGUCGUAGUGCUCGGUAAUCACUGUGAUAUGCAACAUCACCGUCAAGUACAUCCUCAUCACAUAGAUCAAGCUCUAUAUAAUGCUAAACUGACUAGGACGGCACCAGUUCGGUACGCUGAGUCAUCCAUGAGAAACGGAUUUGGCUUAAGAUUAUUGCACAAGUUUCUGAGCGUUCCCUUCUUGAGGCUGCAAAAGACCAGUUUGCUUGAGCAACUGCAAAGAAACCAAAGGGACAUGGAGGAGAUCGAAAAGGACCUGGACGAUUUUCAAAAUUCGGACGAGGCCCAUUACAAUGUGUUUUUGGAUCGACUCGCUAAUAAGCGACGGCAGAGCAGCGAGCCGAUCGAGCCUCGUGUGAUAAGCGAUAGGUCCCCAAGCAUCGUCCUGGGCGCCGGAAAACCUAUUGUGCCCCCCAACGUCAACCCACUCUUAGCACAGUCCCUCAACCCGAAGGGAAUCAAAGCACACCACAGCGCACCAGACAGCAUUCCGAACAAACAAAGCCAGUAUGUGAGUCCCGAACUGAUACAUCCGAAGCCACCGGUCAGUAUGGAAAUGACACCCUCAAGGCAGUCGCAAGUUGAAAGUAAUCCAAGUACACCGGCAGCCAAAACUGUAUCAACGUCCUCGGGUGCUUUAGACGAAUUUUACGCAGGGACGCUUGAUAGUAGCUUUUUGGAGGAUCUUGCACCGCUAUCUCAUCCCAACCAGGAAAUUGCUCCCGAAAGUGACAGUGAGGACGAUAUCGCAACAAAUCCAAAAGUCACGAUUGAGGAAGACGAUUUGGACGUUGAUAAUACUCCACCGACGAAUCAACAUUUUGAAUCGAAAGUAAACACAGAUUAUCAUUCGACGAUUGGCAAGGAGGACGAGAGUUUAGAAAACAUGUUUUCAAACAAGACGUAUAUAAGUAAAGAUAAUUUGGAGGAGAACGAUAAUAUAAUUUUAUCAAGUCAUCGAGAACUGAAUCUUAAUUUGUCCCUGAACAGUGAUUUCCCUAUAUGGGCUGGAGAUUCGAGUAUUAGAAGAUCGCCCGAAGGCGGAGAAGAUCCUGAUAAUUCUAAAGACCCGGAGCGUAAGGCCGAGAAGAAACACAAGAAGAAGAAAUCGAAGGACAAGGACAAAGGUGACAACGGAGAGAAAACCGAACGCAAAGAAAAGAAGCACAAACACAAGAAAAGCAAAAGCGAGAAACGUAAUUCCAAUCCGCAACAAGAUUUACUCGCACCGACUUUGAAUACGGACUUCGACUAUGACGACUAUGAUAGUAUU